AAAAUUCAACCAAUGAGGAAGUCAAAUUUAACUUCAAAGUUAGGGUAGAGGAUUUUUUUGUUCCAAACAAAGUAAAAAUGUGGUUAAAGUUACAUAGUGCGUUAAUAUAUUUUAGUGGAAAAGAACUAGAAUUCGAUAGUGGUACAUUUUUAGUUAUUAGUUCAUAGAAAGCCACGAAUUUUCUGUUGUGUUUCUGUCCUAAUCAAAAAGUCGCUUGCCAAAAUGGACGAAGUUGGAGCUCCCAAGAUCAUUCAUAACCAGGGUUCAGUGUGCAGCGAUUCAAACGGUGAUGAUGUCUCAAGAAACGACGUGUCUUCUCAAUCGAAUUUAAGACUGUGCCUGGUCGGUAGUGUAGCUAGUGAUUCGGAUGUUUACAAUGUAGCUCAAUCUUUUGCUCUUCCUAUUGUGACUUCAAAAGAUGGACAAGAGUAUACUCAGGAUGAUAGCUGUACCACCAUAUAUGUAGUCAAAGAAUUUGAUGGAGAUGUCUUUAAUGUAUUAUUCAAAUCUAAGCAGCAGUUACUGGGGUCUGUGGCCCUUAAGCAGUUGGCUGUCAAAAAGGAGAAAAUUCCAUGUAAUACUAGGCCUUUGUAUAACUUAGCUAUGACUGGGGUUAUCGUCUGUUUCACAGGUUUUCGGGAAAAAGAAGAACUAGCAAAAUUAGUAACUUUAUUACAUCACAUGGGAGGAUCUAUAAGAAAAGACAUGUCUUCCAAAGUGACCCAUUUGAUCGCAAAUACUUCUGGUGGCGAUAAGUACCAAUACGCAGCCACCUUUCGUGUUCCAGUGAUGAAUCCCAGUUGGGUAGUUGAUAGUUGGCAACGUCGAGAUGACUUAAACUUUACCGGAAUUAUGGAGGAACAUGUUGCCAAACACAAACUGAAACCUUUUCAUGGAGCUCGAGUAGGUUUUGUAGGAUUUGCAGAAGAAGAAGAGAAACAUAUGUCUGAAGUGUUACUACUUAAUGGGGGUGUCGUUACCAGUGUCGAUGACGUUAACUGUACACAUGUGGUGAUGGAACAUGCAGAAAUCUACACACUAGAAGCUGCUAGUGCACCAUUAUCCCCUAAAGUUUCCUCUCCUCCUAGCCGUUCAAAGACGCCUAGAACUCCUUCAUAUUCAAAUGUGGCCAAUAGCAACAUGUCACUCAGCAAUUGCUUCAAAGUCAACCAAAGUUUGGCUUGUCUUGAAACCUUACACGAGAAUUCGGGAGAUAAUAACUUGGAGGACUUUGACAUUGGUUUCGAUCAAUCAUUUGAUCCUAAUCUAACACCACAUAAAAGAAAGAGGAAAUUCAAUUCUCCUGAACAGUCGAGUAUUCUGGUUAAAAGAAAGAGAGACAAAAGUUACAGCGAAAGAAAAAGGAAAGUGUCAGAAUUCUUCAAGACUCCCAUAAAUUAUUUCUCCAAUCGUAGGAGGACUAUAGAUGCGUCAUCUUUAAAUCAAAGUUUAAGUGAGAGUGUUAUAUCAAGUUCGGGUAUAUUCAACGUAGAAACAGUACAAAAUUUGAGCUCAUACAAUGAUAACACUCCUCAAAAUAGUAAGAAAGGACCAAAGAAAAACCUGUUUACACGUACUUUCAGUUCUUCAAAGUUUCGAAGGACCAAGAAGAGUAUAGAUCUGAAUGCUACCAAAUUGUCGUUUGGAGAAGCUUGUGACGUCGAAGGCAGAGAAAAAUUGAACGCUACCUGUUUUCCCGAUAUCUCCUUAAAUCCCAUCACCACUAACACAUACGAGCUUAGCAGUGAACAUGCGAGGGCAUCAAGGAGAACUUCUGUGUCUGCUGUUGCGGUGGUGGACGAGUCUACAGUGACGGAACGACCCGAGGCUCCUUCGAAGGUUUGGAUCGUAAAGGCGGAGUGGUUCUGGACCUCGGUGCAGAAAGAAACGAGCUUGCCGGAGAAAGAUUAUCUAUUUGAUGAUUAUCUAGACCAAGUUUUGUCUCCAUCGGGUCGAAGGGAUUCAAGCGCCACCCCCGGAAGCGCUGCCAGGCGGAGAAAACGGAAGCUGUUGCUAUCGUCUCUUGUACAUAACCAAUCUCCCGCUCUUACGAAACGAAGAUCAUCGGUUAGCGAUGCUGGGUUGUUGUCAGUCUCUGGGUCGUUUUUGGAUUGUACGACGAGUCCCAAUAAGGAGAUAAUCGAUGGUACGGAACCGGUAAUCGACACUCCACGUAAGGGAUUAACACAGAGGCAUCAAGUAUUUUUGGAGUUGCUGCAAACAGAAACGAACUAUGUAGACAUCUUACAUACGAUAGUAACGAUGUUUAAAAAACAUUUGGAAGAAAUGCCGGAACAAGAAGCCCUACUCAACAACACAGAGUUAAAUCUCAUAUUCGGAAAACUGCCUUUCAUCUACGAAACCCACAUAAAGAUGUUAGAUGAAAUACGAUGGACCGCCGCGCAUUGGAGCGAAGAUCUAUCUAUCGGCAACAUAAUCGUGAAAUACUCCUCGGAACUGCAGAGGGCCUACCCUCCUUUCAUAAACUAUUUCGAAGAAAUGAAGGAAGUGUUGUGUCAGUGCGAUCAAAAUAAACCUAGGUUUCACGCUUUUCUGAAGGCGUGUCAGACUAGAGCGGAGUGCGGGAGACAGAGUUUGCAGGAGUUGAUGAUUAGGCCUGUGCAGAGGCUCGGUAGUAUUAGUUUAUUAUUAAAUGACAUUCUAAAAAAUACUCCAAAGACAAAUCCCGAUCAUUCUGCAUUAGAACAAGCGUUAGCAGCUUUGAGGGAGGUGAUGACUCACAUAAAUGAAGACAAAAGAAAAGCUGAAGGCCAAGUUACUUUAUUUAAUAUUUUUAACGAUAUAGAUAAUUGUCCGCCCGAUAUUGUAUCGUCACAUCGAAAUUUUGUUGCUAAGGCCGAAGUAGUUCAGUUAUCGUCUUCCGAAGGUCUUGCUAGUAAAGGAAACAACUUAGUACUUUUCCUCUUCUCCGAUCAGUUGGAGGUGUGUAAGAAGAAAUCGAAAGCCUUUAAUAGUUUGAAGAGCCCGUCAACGGUAACAACGGCAGGAGUUGGUGGAUCUUUGCAAAAUAGGCAGCUUAUCAAACCGUACAAACACAUAAGGCUAAUGGCUCUUAAUACUAUUAAACGUGUAAUAGACAUUAAAGAGACGGAAGAAUGUCAGAAGGUGUUUAGUUUAGUUUGUAGGAAUAACGAUGAUCUAAAAGAAAAACUGUAUUCGUUUGCGAUAGCGGACGAAGAGGCUGACAAAGUUCAGUUUUUGAAAACGUUAACGCGACAGAUGGCGAACAAUGCGUGUACAGCAGACGCGGAUAAAUUUAUGGCGUAUUUGGAACCUCAACAACUAGAUAUCGAUACCAGUGAUGUUAAUAACGGUACCUUUUCUAAGGCCAUCAAGUUUGCGACGAAUCGAUUUAAGGUCGGCCGUGCUUUCUCAUUCAACAAGACACCUUCGAAACUUAAAAGGGCGGUAUCAUCGAUGAUGUCACCUUUUGGCAGCUCAACGAAUCUCACACCUGCUUCACAAUUAGCUCAAAUGAAACUAGCUAGUUACAGUAAUAUUAACGAAUUAGGCAACGCUGAAAAUUCCAAUGAAUCUCAACCGGUAGCUCCAAUGUCCGUACAACCAACACGAAAAAUGAAGUCUUCCUCGUUAGGGUCAAACGCCUUGAAGAGGUUAUAACAUUUUAUUUCAUAAGUUUUAUUAUUUUAUUUUAUGAAGUCUAUUAUAUUUGUAUAUAAAUUUUAAUCUAUAAGAGUCUAUUUUUAUCGUUUAUUUUAGCCAAGCAUUGUAAUUAGCUACCUAAUAUAUUAAAGAAAAAAAAGUUGUAAAUUUUAUAAAUUUGCAGUUCAUUUCGCAUUUUAUUUAUAGAGGGGUCAAUGUAGUCAAAUGAAAUAAUGAAAAAAAUCAAACAAGCUUAUAUUUUUCUAAAAACUUUGUUGUUAGUUUAUAAAUUCUGUAUGUUAUAGUAAGAAGUUCUACUCACAGAUUUAGACGCUAGUUGUUUGUUAAUUGUUUAAACAAUAAAAGUUGUUUUGUAUAAAUAAUUGUAAAAAUAUCGAUAAAUUCAUCAUUUUACUUUGAUCAAAAAUGUUUUUAUUUGUUUUUGAUUAUGCUGAAUCCGAAGCUGACAUUACAAUUUGAAAAUUAAAAAAAAACAUUUUUUGAGUCCUUAUACUAUUUUUGGUGUGCAAGUACUUGGAGGGGAUACGAGAAAAGAUCGUGCGCGAAUAGCGGAGAAAUUUUACAACUUUCUUAAAUAAUUCAUAUUGUCAAUUGAAAUUGUCAAAUUGACGUAUAUUUCAUACCUACUGUCAUUGAAGAAGAAAAAUUAUAUGUUGCUCCACAAUUAAUUGUAUUUUGCUUGCAGUACUGCAUUUUAAUAACUAAUUUUAUUUACUGCAUACAAUCGUUUACCUUUUAAUAACAUAACCUCAUCUUACUUUUUCUUCUUAUAAUUUUUUUUUUGGGCUAUGGCCUUGACAACUAUCCAGGAACCAGUACUAAUAAUAAUUGGCCAAUAUAAUUAAAAGUGCGAAAAAUGUUGCUGAGCUAUGAAACCAGGUGUCGCUUUUCCGAACUUGCACGGUCCCAAUACAGAAUGUCUGCGUAACUUGGAAUCAUAAUAUAGGAAAAAUUUUUAUUAUCAACUCUACGAAAAAAGUUAUUCUUCAUAAAAUAUUCUGCAUGGUCUCAAAUCUAAGAGUCAACCAUCAGGUAUAAACUUUUAUCAAUUUUAUAGGACGUAUGUCAAAAAUAUUAUAAUUUUGCUCAAGAGUAAAGUACCUUUAUAUUCCAGAAUAUCGAAAAAUUUUAUUAUGAAAAGUUGUUUGGAAUUAAAAAAUAUGUUCUAAUUUAUGCAAUUACAUCCUUCUAACUGAAAAAAAAAAUGAAAAAUUUUUCUCAAAUUACUGAUAUGUAUUAUAUUUUACCCAACAUCAUUUUAUUACAAUAAUUAUGAUAACUAUUUUAUUAUUAAAGUUAUUAAAAAAAAGUUAUUAUUUAAAAGCUCUGCAUGGUCUAAAAACUAAGAUGCAAUCAUAAUAUAUCAAAUUUUGUUAAUUUUAUACGAGGUAUGUUAAAAAAAUAUGAAUUUCGCUUAAGAGUAAAGUACCUUAAUAGUUUCACAGUAUUUCAAUUAGAAGGAUAUAAUUAAAUUAUAUUGAAACAUAGUUUUUAAUUCCGAACAGCUUUCUAUGAUAACAUUUUUCAAUUUUGUGAAAUAUAGAGGUACUUUACUCUUAAGCGAAAUUCAUAUUUUUGACACACCUCUUAUAAAAUUGAUAAAAUUUGAUGUGUUGAUAUGGUUGCAUCUUAGAUUUUAGACUAUGUGGAGAGCAUUUUAUAAGAAUUUUUUUCGUAGAAUUGAUAAUAAAAAAGUUCAUCAUAGGUUCCAAGUUACGCAGACAUAUUGUAUAAGAGCUCAAAAAAAUUUUUUUAGCAUUUAUUAUUUUUCAAGCUUGUUAUUAAAUGUAUUUUAGGUAAAUUGUACAGAGAAAAAAAAUUAAGACUUUGUAUAAACUUUUUUUGUAAUUGAUAUUUCUGUUUUCUCAUUAGAUUUUUUAUUGAUUUUUCUUAUUUUCUCAAAAAGAAAUUUAUUUCAUUUUCAAAGUGAAAUAAUUUACUUUUUAGUAAUUUAGUAAUCAUUUUUUUAGUGCAUUUUAAAUAUUACAUCUUAAGCUUUAAAAAACAUUUAUAAAAUUGUAAUAUGUAAUAUCAGUAAUAUCCUCUUAGAAGUGGUAGUGAUUCUGUAACACUACGAAGUUUUCAAAAAUUACAUUUUUUGAGUCGUUGUAUCAUUUGAAUAAAAUUUUUGAGAUUUUUUUAAUUAAACAUCAUUUAGUAAAAUAUUUGAAAAGUAAUUUGUGUAAGUUUUAGAUUUUUAUAGAUAAAAUUGUAUUAAUAGUAACACAUUUUUAAAUAAUUUUUAAACAAAAUUCGUUAAGUCUCAGUUUCCGCCUACACUGUACUUAUACACAUAUUUUUUUCUUUCUAAUAUAACAACUAUAAAAUAGUUUUAAUGUUCCUCUUUCAUUUUCAAUUUGUAAAAUGUAAUUUAAUCAAUUCAUGAAAAAUGUAUGUUAAAUUAAGUUAACUGCGCGCUAUGCCGAACGCUACCAUACUGUGCGCCAAUGUAUGUGAGAGGGGUGACCCGAGCGUUAUAAAUAAAAAAUUAUAGAAGCUACAGAUUUAACUUUAGAAAAAUCUGUAUACGUUGUGAAGUAGAACGAGAUGAAACUAGUAGAGGUGUAAAAUUAUCGAUAGGAACCUAAUAAUUAACAUUACAUUACAUAGUUUCCCACCUUUAGACGUCUGUGACAGAAGAAUUUUAUAAAAUAUCCUGUCACAGUGACAGUUUUGUAUGUAAUGUAAAUUUAUAGGUUCCUAUCGAUAAUUUUACACCUCUACUAGUUUCAUCUCUUUAUAUUUCACAAUGUAUUAUGUUUCCAUCUUUUGCGUUAUUUUGCUGGUUAUUAGUGCUCUCAUCACUGUACAGGCUCGGUAAAAUUUCAUGGUUGGUAUAGCAAAAUUUAAUGCGAUAUCUAACAAAGAUAUAAAAUCACGUUUUCAGCGAAUAGACAAAGAUAUCAAUCAUAUUUCCCCUUGUCCUCCCCUUCGCAUUGUACAUGCACGCCCAACAGCGAAUGUCAACGCGGAACAAUACUAUAAUAUACUUUAAGCUUCUGAAAAAAUUUCUGAUUCGGUUUCUUUGUGGAUUCCUUUCAAAAAUGUCUCCUUUAAACAAAUCCGAAGGAUGCUUGGCGAAAUUUUUGGGCAGAAAUUGUUUUAAACAAUGUUUUAAACAUAUACAAACCUUUUUCUGGCCCGAAAAAUAUGAGUUUUUUGGGUCAUUCUAAAUAAGAAAGGUAUAUUGUGAUUUUUCUCAAAAAUUGAUCAUUUUCGAGUUAUAGGCUGUUUUCUGAAAAAUGCGAAAAUACGCAUAUUGAGGGCUUAACACCUUAUAUUUAAAUUAGUAUUUUUGAGGUUGCCAAGUAGUUAAAUUGUAGUUUAAACAUUCAUUUUCAAGAUCAUGAAGAGUUAUCGGGUCUAACCUUAAUUUAAACCGCCGUUUUUUAAUUGUUAAUUAUGCUUGUCCAUCCGAUUUUUUUGCCGGUGCGGCGCGCUCUAUUUCAAAAAUCUAUUUUCCUCCUAAAAAUAUGCUUUGUAGAUUCUUUGGGACAUUCUAAAUAAAAUAUGGUUUUUGUUAUUUUUCGAGAAAGUUAAAAGUUUUUAAAUUUAUAAGCGAUUUAAAAUUCUAAAAAUGCGAAUACAUAUACGCAUUCUCGGAUUUUAAAUAGCUUAUAACCUUAAAACUACAGUGGAACCCCGAUAAGUCGGCCCCGAUAACCCGGAAGUCCGGCUAACCCGGACCGAUUUUUAUCAGACAAACAUUACAACAAUAAAAAUGUAUGUCCUUUAUGCUGGAUUUUCCAAUUUCUUUUCAACAUCUUAAAAUAUUUUCUUUUAUCUUUCCUUAUAAACAUAUUGUUCGGAUACUAUAAUAUCUUAUAUUUUUCAGGCUAAUUUUAUUUAUCAUAAUAAACUUUCUUCGUAAAAAUUUGUGGCUUUAGCGAACUCCUGUGUAGUUCAUUCGUUUCAAUUUUCAAUGUCAAACACAUUAUACAAUGAGAGAUAAUGCGUAUUUGUGUAAUUUGAUACAUAAUAUACCUUAGUAAAAAUAACUGGCAUGGCAGACAACGCUCUUUGUCGUGUUAUCGAAACCAACAGGCAUCUGUAGUAAAAUCCUUUAUUUACUUGAAACUGUCUAGCAUUGUUUAGAAAAGACUAUUAAAAAAUUAUUUUUCAAACAAUGGCCUUAGUCUUCACUCUUAUUAAAUAACAUAAGUUCGUUCUCGUUGCGAGACGGUAUUGUGUGUGUGUAGUAAAGUCGCAUUGUUCGUUCCGUUCUGUAAUCGUUCGUAAAUAUAUUCAGAUUUUGUGUUUGCGUGAUUUUUUGUCUACGUAAUGGCAAUAAAACAUAAAAUGUUGUUUUUGUUUCAAAAUGAUAACAAAAGACAGUUUGGACAAUCGGUGCAAAAAUGAGACUCUCGACGACGCUUUGUAUGUGUGGAACGCGAACGUGGUUUACAAGUGUCUGUGUGCCAAUUAUAACGGAGUUUAUCUGUAAGCAUACCAUAUUUUAAUAAUUUUUACCAUUUUCUCUAACCCGAAUUUUCGAUAACCCGGAUCGGCCGCGGUCCCGACUAAUCCGAGUUAACAGGGUUCCACUGUAUUAACUUUUGGGAAAAAUGACAAGAAACCUAUUUUAUUUAGGAUGUUCCAAAGAAUCUAAAAAAUAUAUAUUUUGGAGGGAAACAGAAUAUUUUUGAAAAUAGUGCACGCCGCACUGGCGAAAAAAUCGGAUGGACACGCAUAAUUAACAAUUAAAUAACAACGGUGUAAAUUUAAGUUAGAUCCGAUCAGUCUGCAGAAUCUUGAAAAUGAAUGUUUAAACUACAAUAAUUAAAGUACUUGGCAACCUGAAUAAUACUAAGUUGAUUGAGUUUUUAAGCCUUGAAAAUGCGCAUUUUCUCAUUUUUUUAUAUUUUAAAUCCCCUACAACUCGAAAACUAUCAAUUUUUCAGAAAAAUCACAAGAUACCUUUCUUGUUUAUAAUGAUCCUAAAACACCUAAAAAAGUAUGCUCGGGUCAAAAAAGGUGAUGUUCAAAGGGUGCACAAAGAAACCGAAUCAGAAAUGUUUUCAGACUGGAACGGGCUCACCACAUGGACUAAAAUAGACACAAGUUCGGCUGUGACCACACCCACCUGACACCUGUGAAUGAUAUAUGUACACAACGUUGCCAAUUAAUAUUUUUCUGAAACUUUUCUUGUGGCAUCUUAAAGCAGGCCACGCACUGAAUCGGCAUAGAGCGAUCGGCUCGGCUAAGAGCAAUCAGCAGAUUUUGCUAUACAUGGAAAUAAAUGUGCCACCGCGCACCGUCUAAAAACGUUCGACAGUCGAAUAGUAAACUAUUGGGAAUAAGGCACAAUUUGAAUUUAAAAUAAGUUUAUUUUGAUGUUUAGAUUUUCACUUCGGAAACCGUUCCGAAAAUACAAAAUAUUAAUAAAUUUUAUUCAUAUAAAACGAUUUCCGAAGUGAAAAUCAAAAGAAGUAAUUGGACUUCGUUAGUCCUAGGUUUUCACCCAAAGUGAUCGAAAGUAGAACAAGUCGAUAUUUGAAAUCAACGCAAAGUUAUAGCUUUUCUUCGAUUGAUAUAAGAUUAAAUACAAAGAUAAAACCGGAACUAAAGAUUCAAGCUUGACAUUUCAAUACGCUUCGAUUGAUAUGUUACAUGUAUAUGUAUAAUUUCUGCGACUAUAAUAUGGCACUUCCGGUUAGAACUUUUUUACCCGGAAAUGAUUUAAACACUAAAAGUAUAGGUUUGUUCUUAUCUUGCUCAGGUACGUCAAAUAUUAAAUCGCUUAUACUGUUUCGGUGACUUUAAAACGGUACUUCCGGUUUCAACUCUAAAACCGGAAGUCCGAGGUCAAAUUUGUCAGCUUUAAUACCAUCUUCGUGUUAUACUUAAGCUUUCAUUCGACACCUCACUUGUCAUUCUAAACGAAGGAUAUUCGCGGACGGACGGACAGACAGUCAUGAAACCGGAGUAUAUAUUUGUUCUCGUCUUGCUAAGGCGCAUCGAAUAAUAUAUUGCUUGUACUAUUCCGGUGAGUUCAAAACAGUAAUUCCGGUUGCAUUUUUAAAACCGGAAGUACUAGCUAAAAUUCCUAAAUUUAUUAACAUCCUUGGAUUAUAAGCCUUUCAUUUUUAACACCUCAUGUGUCAUUCUACCUGGUAUAAUGACGGAUGAGUUAUAUUCGCGGUCGGAUGGACAGACAGCCUAGGUCAAAUUUCUCACCUUUAGUAUCGUCCUUUAAUUAUAAGCUUUCAUUCGACACCUCAUUUGUCAUUCUACCUGGUAUAAUGACGGAGGAGUUGUGUUUACGGGCAGACAGACAGACGGACGUGGAUAAUUCAAAGUUUUCACAUUUUUCCAAAAUUGGGUGAAAACAAUAUUAAAGUAAGCUUAUUUUAAAGUACAAUUGUGGCAUAUUCCCAAUAAAAAUAGUGAGCUAUCAUUUAAAUCAAUUCGCCCAAAUUUGAUUGUCAUAGAACAUUGUUCAAAUGCUGAAAAGACGACAUGCAACAGGUCAAGUAAAAACAAUAAGUUUGGCAACAAUGUCAAACCUCUCCUCUCUAGGUACUUCCACUAAUGAAUUUUUGGACAAUAUUAGGCGGACCUAAUAUACCUACCUCUUUUUAAAGUAGCUGUUUUUCACUCCCUCUCGCGUAAGGUCAAUAUCAACCAUGAAAAUUUGCCCAGUCGGUAUAUGUUUUUAUGUAAACUUUUCUGAAUUUUUCAAUGGUCAGAUCAGUUUUUUUCUAAAAUGUAUAAUUUCGUAGGUAUUUAAAAAAACAACUAAUUUGGCAGUUCAUUUGUAAAUAACAAAUUAAGCACUCACUUUUAAAGUAGAACUUUUUGAUAUGUUGUUUAUUAUACAUUUCGUAAUGAAAUUAUCUUGUUUCUAAGGUCUAUCUUGUUUGAUUUUUUCCGUAAGUGAAAACUCCAUUGACUCCACUAUUAGAAAUAUGUAUGAUAUUUAUUUUAAUUUUACAAGUUUUACUAGACUUACAACUUGUAGUUUUAUACGCAGUUAUUUAAUACACCUUAUAGGUGACCCCUUAAAUUAUUGAAAAGAGAAAAUAUAUUGAAUUCGCUGCCGCACUCAUUGGUUUCAUUUGCAAUUAAAAAUUAUACAAUGAUCAAAUAUAAAUUAUUCCGAUUUUAUCGUU